CUGGGGGCGGGCCCGCAAUGACGUAGCUGUUGCCCUGCGAUGUCGACCUCUCCCGACGGCAAUGUCAACAGCACAAUCAAGGCAACCAGUCACGACGCAUCCAGGGCAGCAUCCUGGCGGUUCCGCACCAUCGGCAAGCGUAGCCAGCAUGUGCUGCAUGCCCAACCACUGGUCAGAAGAAUAUCCAAGUCGGGUUUUGGAAGUGCUGCCAAGUCAGGACGCAAGUCACGCGAGCAUGGCAUCGGGCCGACUGGGCUACGCGGGUCGCACGGCUGCGCUCGCUCGCUUUCCUUCAUUGUACCGCCCCUGCGUAUUGUGCCAGCCAGGUGUCCGACAUGCGCCGCAGAUUGGGCCAAGUUUUGCAACAAUGGAUGAGCGAAAGUGCACAGGCUCGAGAUUUUGGAGAGUAGCUGUGUUGUGGAUACUACAAACUCCGCCGCGUGUCCGCCUCGAAGCUGGCACCGUGUGGGCAGCGCGGAGGAUGUCCUCGAGAGGAGCCAUCCCAGCUAGCGCCGCCCGCCCGUUUCGCGAGGCCCAUGCCAUCCUUACGAUCCUGGCGCCACUGUUCAAUGGCGCCUGUCAUCUGUGGUCGCCGACCGACGGUCAUACUAGUCAUGUACUGAAAUCUGCGAAUUCGGGGGUUCUCUGAGACAGUCAUUAAUUUGCAUGCCAUACAUGCAUCACAUUGGACAUAGAUACACAUGGUAGGAUCGCACCCCGCGGUGCAGAUCUAUG